AUGGUGGUGGCCCAGUGAUGGUGAGAAGAAUGGGUUCCGUGUCAGAGGAGCUCAGCUUGGUCCCCUUGCACCAGAGGCCGGAGCUGCUGGAAGCCUGUGCCAAGCUGCUGGGCGAGGAGUGGGGGAAGAGCCGGGCGUCGCGGCUCCACACACUCCAGCGCUCCUCGGACGCCUUUCCCACCUGCCUGCUGCUGCUGCGGAGCCAGGGCCCCAGCGAGACCCCUGCCACCCAGGAGGGGCCCUGCGAGCUCGUGGGCCAUGUCCGACUCUCCCGUGUGGUCGGCUGUCCCCAUGACCUCUUUGUGGAGAGCGUGGUGGUGGCCCGGGCGCUGCGGGGCCAGGGCUAUGGGCGGCGGCUGAUGGAGGCCACUGAGCAGUGGGCCCGGGCCCAGGGUUUUCGCUGCCUGCACCUCACCACCCACGACAAGCAGCAUUUCUAUGCCCACCUGGGCUAUGUCCUGGGUGAGCCGGUGCAGAACGUGGCCUUUCUCAGCCCAGCUAUAUCCUCUGAGGUGCUGCGGCUCUUCUCCGCCCCUUCUGGGGCUGCCACUGCCACCACCGCCAGGCCGUGGGUACCUGCUGCCCCCCCGCCUCCCCCCCAGCCCCUCACUGUCCCCCCACCACCUCCCCCACCAACUGUGAUCUGGGCAAGAGGUGUCCUGGCUGAGAGCAGUGAGCAGAGCCUCCUGGAAUCCCCACACCGUGAUGCCAAAGGGCUCCCCAUCUUCUGGAUGAAGAAGGACAUCUGAGGGGCUGGGGCCCCAAG